CCAACCCAAACCAUUCUGAUUUUAUGUUCUGCUAACUGCCUUCCUAACUUCACUAGGGAUCAAAAACUCUGUCAUUUUGAUCACUGUGCCCAAGAUAGCCUCCAACCAUCCCAUCACCCACAAGUCCUUGCCUGUUUGCAAACCACAGGUCAAGUGGGGCACAUUCCCCAGUUGGAUCCCUCACCAUCUGAGUCUUCUGUCACCCUCCCUUAUCCUUUUUAGGUAAGGUCUGUGUCCCUGUGUGUUCUUUAUGGCUUCCUCCCUUUUUCCGUACCUGGUUUUGCACUGGAAAAGGGCCUUGACCAGAUACCUCUGGAGCAAACACUGACCUUCCACACACCUUACAAGCAGAGUUUGCCAUAAAAAGCAAAGUGAUUUUUGCGCUUUAGUAAGGAGGGAUGGCUCCCAGCCAGGAACCGGGUUCCUAGAGAGUUCAAAGAGCUGGAGAGAUUGCACCCAGAGCCAAGGGUUUGUGCAAGCCCUGUGAGGGUGGGGUGGCAGCUCAACACACUAUAAGAAGCAUUAGGGAACUGAACAAACAAUGAACGUUGGAGCAGAGUCAGGAGAAGCAAUAUGGGAGAGCUUUGUGUCCGCUCCGUUCUGGUGACUGGAGCCAACCGAGGAAUUGGCCUGGGGUUUGUCCGGCACCUGCUGGGGCUGCCAAACCCACCCGAGUGGGUCUUUGCAGCCUGUCGGGACCCCAAGGGACAGCGAGCACAGGAGCUGCAGAACUUGGCUUCCAAGCACCCCAACCUGGUCAUCAUCCCACUUGAAGUCACCGAGCCCGCCAGCAUCAGGGCGGCUGCAGCCAGCGCCAGGGAGCGCCUUAAGGACUCAGGUCUCAACCUCCUCAUCAACAAUGCUGGGAUUGGAAAUAACAGUUCUCUUGACAACGUGACACAGGAGGACAUGUCCCAGAUGUAUGCCACCAACACCAUUGGGCCCCUGCUGCUGAGCCAGGCAUUCCUGCCCCUGCUGAAGAAGGCUGCCCAGGGGAGCCCGGGCACGGGGCUGAGCUGCAGCAAGGCAGCCAUCAUCAACAUGUCCAGCUAUGCUGGCUCCAUUCAGGAUGUCUAUCUCUGGGAGUACGGACAAGCUCUCUCAUAUCGCUGCAGCAAGGCUGCUCUGAACAUGCUCACCAAGUGCCAGUCCUUGGGCUACCGGGACCACGGCAUCCUCUGUGCUGCUUUCCAUCCUGGCUGGGUGAAAACAGACAUGGGAGGCACAAUAGAAGAUAAGACCCGUGUGACAGUGGAUGUGAGUGUGCGAGGGAUGCUGAAUGUGAUCUCCUCCCUCUCUGAGAAGGACACCGGGACCUUCCUCGACUGGGAAGGGAAAGUUGUGCCCUGGUAAGACGCAGGCCCAGCCUCGUGCCCGGAUCCUGGCAGUGGUCCUUUUGCUGCUACACUGAG